AAUAACUCAUUGAAAAAAUGAUAACUGAAAAUAUUAACAUGUUUGGAUAACAAUUUAAAACCAAAAACAUUGCUGAUAUGAUUAAAGUCGUUGGGAUGAUGGAAAAUAUUGAAACGGUAACUGGCAAAACUCAGAAAACGGUUCUGAACUUUAUCAAGAUGCUGUAUGCUCCUUAAGGUAAUAAGGGAUCAGACUACGGACCCCUACUCUAAUAACAUCCUUGCAAGAAAACUAUAAUAUAGUGAUGAAAAACAUAUGGGAGAAUCGAAGUUAGACGAAUAUCAUCUUAUAAAACCUAGUACACAAAGGCUUUUUGUAAAAAAUCAAUACGAGAUCGAAAAUCAAGCGAGGGAACAUAGAGGAAGUCAAAAUCCUUAAGUUCAGUGCCUAACGCGUAAGGUAAACCUUAUCUAACCAAAUAAUGACAGUUAAUAAAUUCUCUGAUGUGAUGAAAAAUCAUUACUUUACAUGUCUUAGUGACUUAGUGUUCAUGUUUAUCUCCACCAAAUUUAAUUAUAUUGUUCUGGAGAAUUAAACAUUCAUCAAGAAACGAAAUAGCAUAGACAAUUUUGGCAUUAUCAGCAAAUAGUAAAAUACAACAGGGUCACAACUCACAAGGUAUAAUUUUUGAGUAAUUGGUGUGGAUAAAAACAUUAAAAAGAAGAGGGCCUAAGACCUUAAGUGGUUAUCUGAAUCCAAAAUUAUUGGACUGUUUACACAGGUACUCAGACAUCCAGUAAUAUAUGGGUAUAUUUCGGGGUGUAAAUGCAUAAUACAUAUAAAUAUAUAUAAGAAGCUAUGUUGUUUUCUCAGAAUACUCCAGCUAGAAUUAAUAAAUUUACUGAAUAGCUAUUAAUAUAUUUGUUGAAUUUGUGCUUGUUAUUCAGCGUACUCUGUGUGACUGCAUCUUAUUACUCUCCUCCGGUAUAAUAAUUUCUUUACACUUUACAACACUAAAUUUAGACGGACUAUAACGAUGUUGUACGGUUUGAGUGGUUUGACCGUUACCCAUAAGUAGUUACAGCCGUAAGGUGAGAUUUAACCAGACAAAAGAACACAUAAACUACGCUUGAUGGGAUGAAGUAUUUAUAUUUUCAUUACCUGAGUCUUACUUGAAAAAACAGUGUUGAUGAUAAUACACCAUACAACAAUGAACAUUGUUUAGUAAAGUUAAAAAAGACAAUUUUUAUGUUUUGGAAAUAUCUUCCACUGGACGUAUCCAACGGCUUGAUCUCCGUUCUUCUAACAGUCUAACACGAGCAGGUAAGGUGGGAGAAUCCGACCAAGUUAUGUUAUUUGUGCUCGUAGUGAUUGUUAGAAAACAAUAAAAAUUCCUAUAGCAGUGUAGUACUUUCUAUUAAUACGGGCUGUGUCAUGUACUCAAUUCCUCCCCACCAAAAACGAGCCAUCACAUACUGGUGUCAGCGGAUCGGUGGAUGAGCAUUGAGCAUACAUGGCGUCAGACUGAGCGAGUAACUAGCGAAUAACCUAUAUAUCUAAUCUUAGUAAAGUAAGACCCGCUUGGGUGAGUUUAACAGGCGGUUGGGGUUGGGGUUCAAACCUACCCCUCCCCCCCAGAAAUAAUUUCGAGUAAUGAAAAUAUUGUUUUAUUAUGUUGCAACACAAUUUGUAUUGCUAUGGUUUGUAAACCCUCCCUCCACGAAAUUUUUUUCUAUAUGUGCCUGCGAUAAGGAUACAAUGAACCGCUCAGCUGAUCGAGUGUCCCUUUAAUAUUAUUCUGUGAUAAUGAAUGAUGAUAAAAAAAUAAAACAUACUAAAAGAGUUAUAAAAUCAUUCAUAAUUAAUUAUUGCGGAGAAUAUAGUUUUUAUACAGUUAUUAACAUUUUCUGGAUUGGAAACAAAAUGAAAACACUUCUAAAUUCGCCGGAACUACCGCAUAACCGGUAAUAGCGUAGAACAAAUACCGGAUACCUCUAUCAAAAUUUAAAAUGUCGUUCUACCUUAACCCCAAAAAUGUGUUUUCAUGGCAUGGAGAAAUAAAAAUAUUUUUAUUAUUCUAUGAUUCUCCAUAUAGGAAAAUUGAAUUUACCCUGUGGUGAUAAGUACCCCAAUCAAUGACACAUUGACACGUCAUUACAUAUUGUAACCAAUCGUAACUAACAUAACCUAACAUUAGGUACUAAGAUAUAUCUUACUACUUGUAGCUUGUUUGUUGUUUAAACUUGUGUUUAUUAAGUGUAUUGUUAAUAUAAUUAUACAAGUUGACGAAUAAAAUUUUCAAUAAAUUACAAUUUAUAAUAAAUAGUAAUUUGUUGAUUUAGAUUAACAAUAAUGGAAUCAGGAAAACCCGUGUGUUGCCCAUUCAAUCCCGGGCAUAGAAUGCCCCAAAAAACGCUUUUGCUCCAUUUGACGAGAUGCCCUGACAAAAAAAAUAACCAGGCAAUAUGUCCUUUUAAUAAUUUCCACAUUGUGGAUUCAGCGUUUGUAAAAGAACAUAUACGACAAUGCCGCGAUCGCCCAAAGUUUGAAGAACCAACAAUUAACGUUCGGGUGAAUAAAUUCGAGUAUGAUGAAUGUCCUGAUUCUAUCGAAACAACAUGGGAUGAUGAAGAUUUAUACGAGUUACCUGUUCAAGGUGUUAGCGGAAACACGGUGGCAAAUCAGACCGGAUAUUUUACGAAACCGCAAUCGGGUCUUUCAAAGGCACAACGUAAAAAAAAUUGCAAGGAACAAAAAUUUGAUAGGCAAAAUUCUUCAUCAAAUGCUGGCAAAUAAGUAACAAUUCUAGUAAUUUUUAUUAUACUAGGUAUAUACUUAUUAUUAUUAUAUUUAUUUAAAAGCAUAUGUAGAUAAUAUUUUUACCUUUAAAUUUGAUAAUAGGUAAAUUUAUUCUAAUUAGUUUUAAUAUUAGAGUAUUCUGCUGAAUGAAAAUUUGUUAUGAUGUUGAUGUACGUCAGUAAGACACACACAACACAUGCGGGUAUGGCGUCCUCUAACAGUCGCAAGAUGCAAUGGAAUGAAAUACAUCAGACGGCAGAGGCGUUAUUAUUUAGAAUGUAGUAUCGUCAAAAUGGUUCAUAUUAUUAUUAUUAUUAUUUAUUAUGGUUAUUAUUAUAAGAUAGACUUUUUUAUAUAACAUUUAAAUAUAAAUUCGAUUUUUUUUCAUUUUACAAUAUAUUUGUAUUUUGUCCAUAAUUAAAUACUACGAUUACUACAACAUUUUUAAAAUUUAAUUAGUAGUAGGUAUACAGUUGUAGUCGGUUUACUAGUAGUAGGUAGAGUUCACAAUCGCUUGACAAUUCGACGAUGACCGUUUGGCCCAUGACCAUUUCGGCGAUACGACAAUGUAGUAUUCCGCACGUGUUGCCGUAAUUAAUUAAUUUUUUUUAUUUUUAGAGGCAAAAUUCUUCAUCAAAUGCUGGCAAAUAAGUUUGCACUUUGUUCACUAUGUUUUCGUAUUUUAUUUUAUUUUUUAUAAGACGUCACUCAAUCGAUUUCAGUUCUGCCAAUUGCCUUCUAGCUCUCUAUAAUGCAUUAGUCCGUUCGCCGUUCGGUUAUUGAAGAUGGGUCUAAUGUUUGGUCACCAUAAACCGCAGUUGACAUUUGUUGGAUUAAUCGUGUACAAAAUAGUUUUAUGCGCUUAGACGGUUAUUGCCUCAACAUUCCUCAUUCACCACAUGAUUAUGUGCCAGUAAGUCAAGCUCUGAGACAUAUUCCCCUUUCAGUUAGACGUGAUAAUUUUGGUAUCAUUUAUAUUCAGCGUCUGAUCAAAGGUCAAGUUGAUGACUAGAAGGCAACCUGUAUCAGCCUUCUAGUCAUGCAUGUAAAUAAACCGAUCACCCCGCACCAUUCCUCAUCAACUAACAUCAACUAAAGUACAAAAUUUACGGCAGCGUAUUGAGAAAUGCUGUCAAACUGUCAAUGUAUAUAAUAUCUUUAUUUUUUAUGCUAUAAUUUUUUAUUAUUCUUAUAUAAAGUACCGAUUUACUGCUUAUAUUAAUAUCGAUGUAACACCUAUUAUUGAAUAUUGUAUUUCAUUACUUAAGAAUACGCUAUAUGUGUAAUAUUAUUCAUUAUUUACAAAAAUAAAAACUACAUUAUUGUCACAGAUUA